UUAAUCCAAAUAGCCAAUCAUAACAAUUCAGCCUAGAAUGUGCUGGAGCUGCAAAAGAUCCGUACAACUAUCCGGCAACAAUUUUCCUCUUCUCAAUUGCUUCCGCUUCGUUUCUCUUAUCAGACACAUCGGAUCAGACUUUGUCUUCAGAUGCUUAUGUUUAAAAGCCAUUGGCUGGCUAGUGCGAUGUUGCUGUCUUGGGCUGCUUGUGGAUUUGAAGUAUGAGAAUAGCCAAUUCUGUGGAAAUGCUAGGAGGGAAAUAAAUGAGCAGCCAGGUCCCUUUGGGCUGUGACCGUGCAAGAAUGAAUUGGACACCGUUAAUGGAACGGUAUUUUAUUGAACUUAUGCUAGAUCAGAUGCAUAAAGGCAAUAGAAUGGGUCAUACUUUUAACAAGCAAGCCUGGACGGAUAUGCUUACCAUGUUUAAUGCAAAAUUUGGGACUAAAUAUGACAGAGAUACCUUGAAAAGUCAUUAUACAAAUUUGUGGAAGCAAUAUAAUGAUGUGAAGAGUCUCCUUGAACAGAAUGGAUUUUCUUGGGAUGAUACUCGGAAAAUGGUGGUCGCCAAUGAUGGUGUCUGGGAUGCCUUCAUCAAGGCCCACCCUGAUGCACAAUUCUACAAGAGGAAGUCCUUGAUGAACUUCAAUGAUCUGUGCUUGAUAUAUGCAUAUACAGCCGCAGAUGGAAGAUAUAGUCGUUCUAGUCAUGAUGUAGACGUAGAUGAUGACAUUCAGGGGCUAGUUAUUGGUAGCAUUCUUCCAGCAACUAGUGAGCGUGUGAAAUCAGAGUGGACAUCAGCCAUGGAUCGACAUUUUAUUGAGCUUAUGUUGGACCAACUUAAAAAGGGAAAUAAAAGGGAUAGGACUUUCAGCAAACAAGCAUGGAAAGAUAUACUCACUUUGUUCAAUGCAAAAUUUUGUUCUCAACAUGGUAAAAUCUUUUUGAAGCGACGUUAUAAGAAAUUGUUCAAGUACUAUAGUGAUAUAAGAAGCCUACUUGAGAAGAAAGGGUUUUCUUGGGAUGAAAGACAACAAAUGAUUGUGGCUGAUGAUGCUGUUUGGGAAAAGACUACCAAGGCACGCCCAGAUACACGUUCAUACCAAAAGAGGACCUUGUCAAACUAUCAUGAAUUGAGCUUGAUUUAUGGAAAUCAAGUCAUCAAUGGACAUCUGGAUCAUAUGCACUUGGAUAAAAACUUUGAAGAUGGCACUGUACAAGUUAAGGCUGGUGAAGAAAAGGAUGUGUAUUUAUUGACUAGAAGUAAUGGUCUUGGACCCUGCUGGUCACCAGCUAUGGAUCGUUAUCUGAUUGAUUUGUUGCAAGACCAGGCACUUAGAGGGAAUAAAAUUGGUCAUGAAUUGACAACUGAGGCUUGGAUUGAAAUGAUUGGAUCAUUUAAUGAGAGAUUUGGGUCACAUCUUGAGAAAAAUAUUUUGAAGAAUCGGUACGAACAUUUGAGAAAGCAAUACAGUGGCAUAAACUUUCUUCUUGAGCAAAAUGGGUUUUCUUGGGAUGAACAUCGAGAGAUGGUAAUUGCUGAGGAUUAUGUUUGGGACUCUUUUAUUAAGCAGGUACAUCCUGAUGCUCGAUCAUACAGAAAUAAAUCUGUGCCAAGCUACCACAAGCUUUGUGUUAUAUUUGGUGAAGAAAGUUCCAAUGGAAGACACAGUCAUAGGGCUCACAAUGUAGACUUUGACAGUAAAGGCCCAACAUUUGUUAUUGGAGAUGAUGCUCAAUGCUAUGCAAAUAGUGAUUGUUCAAGGGCUGAUUGGACACCUAAAAUGGACCGCUAUUUUAUUGACCUUAUGUUAGAUCAAGUGAUUAGAGGGCAUAAGCUUGACCACAUUUCAGAUGAUCAAGCUUGGAUAGAUAUGGCUCUGUUGUUCAGGGAAAAAUUUGAAUUAAAACUGGACAAAGAUGUCCUGAGGGGUUGUUAUAGAAGUUUAGGGAGAAUGUUCAAUGAUAUGAAGUAUUUACUUAGUCAGAGAGGAUUUGCUUGGGAUGAAACCCAGCAGUUGAUCACAGCUUGUGAUGAUGUUUGGCAUGUCUAUAUUAAGGAGAACCCCAAUGCUAGAUCAUACAAAACUGAAUGCAAGCCAAAUUACAAUGACUUGUACUUGAUUUAUGGAAAUUCAAAUUCAGAUGGAGGGGUUCAUCAAUCAGGCCCAGGAGCCAAAGUUAACAAUAACUGUUGCUCGAGAACUGAUUGGACUCCACCAAUGGACCGAUUUUUCAUUGAUCUUAUGCUAGAGCAUGUUCGCCAGGGAAGUAUGGUUAAUCUAAGAUUUAAUAAACAAGCAUGGAAUAAUAUGGUUGCCAAGUUUAGUGCUGAAUUUGGAUCUCAGUAUGAUAAAGAUGUUUUAAGGAGUCAUUUUAUGAUUUUGGGGAAGCGAUUCAGUAGUAUGAAAAAUCUACUUGAUCAGAAAGGGUUUGAGUGGGAUGAAGUGAGACAGAUGAUAAUUGCUGAUGAUGAUACCUGGAAUUCUUAUGCAAAGGAAAAUCCAGAUGCCCGUUCAUACUGCAAUAGCGCUCUCCCAAAUUAUAAUGAUUUGUUCUUGAUUUUUGGAGAUACAAACAAUAAUGGAAGACUCAAUUACUCAUGUCACUUGAUGGACACUGAUGACUAUGUCUUGGGUCUAAAUGUUGCUGAGGAUGAUGAUCCAAGCCCAGUUGAUUAUGACCCUCAACAGAUAAAUUGGACAAAGUCAAUGGAAAUCUAUUUCAUUGAACUCGUGUUAGAGCAGGUGCUUAAAGGGAAUAAGGUUGGUCAAACAUUGAAUGAGCAAGCAUGGUCCUGGAUUAUUGCUUCAUUCAAUGAACAACUUGGCCUUGUAUGUGACAAAGAUGCUGUGGAAAGCUGGUACCUUAGCUUGAUGGAAGAGUAUAACAACAUUACAGAUCUUCUCAAUCAAAAUGGUUUUUAUUGGGAUGAAACUGAGCAAACUAUAAUAGCUGAUGAUAUUGAUUGGCAAUUUUAUAUCAAGGAACAUCCAGGUGCAAUCAAGUAUAGGGAUAGAAUCUUAAGUAGCUAUAAUGAUCUUUGUAUGAUUUACGGUAAUGGAGUGCUAGUUGGAAGAUUAAGUAAUUAUGGUGCAAAGAUGGAGAUUGACAACAAUGACCUAGACAUGGGGCUUGAUGAUAUUUAUGGAGAUGCACUAUAUCCAACUGGAGAAUUUGAAGUAUCUGAUUAUCGUAAAAAAUGGAAACCCACAACUUCAUCAACCUCAGUAGCUUCUAGGAAAGUUCAAAGACAGAAUUUGACUUAUCCGGAAGCACUUGGUCGGAAGGCACACAUAGUCAAAACAAUGGAAGGUAAGAAGGAAAAAGAAUACAUAUCAAUUGAAGUCAUUGUUGAUGCACUUCAAGCUAUACCAGAUAUGGACGAUGAGCUCUUCUUGGAAGCCUGUCAACUUUUAGAAAAUGAGAAAAAGGCCAAGGUUUUUGUAGGAAUGGAUGUAAAUCAGCGGCGGAAAUGGUUAUUCAAAAAGCUCUGUCGAUAGCAUUUGAUUUUUAGUAACUUUGUUAGUAUAAUGCAUACUAUUGUACAGUUCAAAAUUUGUGUAAAAUAGUUCAAAUGCAAUCCAAAGAGAAUUAUUUCGUCCUUUCUUCCU